AUGAACUUUGCUAAAUUCAAUUUUGCCAAUAGAAAUCUUUUUUUCCGUUCGAAAAACACCACCAGUUCUUUAAAUCAUUUGAUCUUUUCUGAAAAAAAUAAUUUACUAACAAAAUAUGGUAUUGCAAAAUUUGUACACCAUGAUAAGCUGUUAUCAGCAGCAAGAGAAGACCAUCACUACAACGAACAUGUUUUAAAAAAUUUAAUCCUUUUGAAUAACGUUUUUCUUAUGCCUAUUUUAAAAAAAGAAAACCAAGAAAAAUCAUCUUUUGAAAAGACCCGACAGGGAUUAUUACAUUUUAAAAAUAAAAAAACAAGGUUGUCCUUGCGAAGAAAAAGAAAAAGAUUGGGAGAACGCGUUAGUUUAAGAUAUCGCUAA